AUCUUGAACACCACAACGCAGUUAUCCUUGUCCGUUAUCCUUGACGACUUUUGCAAAGAAAGUCACGCAAACUACGAACCGUAGUUUUGGACGUUCAGUUCAUGAUGCCAGCCAUCUUGCAAUCAACAACCUGCCAGCUUCCCAGCGGAGCUUAUCUAGAUGCUGUACGCAACUCAUGUAACGCUUUGAGUCAAACGUUGUCUCCUGAUAUUACUGUGGAUGAAAUUGCGGUCCAAGACUUCAUUUCCCGAAUAGAUCCAAGCAAAUGGCGGGAAGCUCAAAAAGAAGCGACGCGGAUGCCGCUAAAGUUUGACACGCUGGAACAAGAGCUGAACAUUAUUGCCUUGAUUGAUCUGUUGACUUUCGGUAGUGGGUGGAGGUCGCAACUCAAGGAAGCUGUGGGAAGAGGAGCCUAUGAUACCCUUCGUUUCGGCGUCAUGUCUCUACACAUCUCCUCCGUGGAUGUAUCUGCAAAGUACAUGCGAGAAAUCACCUUGGGCGAGGUGGCUACGUUGUUCAACAUCCCUGUCACCCGAGACGUUCCCCAUGAAACUCUACCGCUGACUCUGACUGAACCGCAUCCAUUACGCGAAUUCGCCCAGAAAAUCACAGAUGUGAUGAACGAGACGGGCGCCAUUUUGCAGCAGAAGGAUUAUCGCAAUUUGGCGCACUUCUUACUUGACGUCACCAAACCUGGAGCCAAUGGAAGUGGAUAUCCAUCAGCAGAGAAUUUGGUAGCGGCGCUGGCGAGCACCUUACCUUCAAUGAGGGAUAUGGGCCGAUGCAAUGGAGUCGACGUGUACAUUUUCCGACGACCACAGCUUAUGGCUCUGAAUCUGUAUCGAUAUUUCAGAGAUGCUGACCCAGCUCGCUUUCAGUUCUCGGACAUGAGCAUGCUGACAGUUUUGGCGGAUGAUAUUUUACCAUCGCUUUGGAUUCAUUUGGGCGUCCUCAAAGUCUCACCCGACCUUGCCGCAAUGCUAGAAAGGGGCGAUGAUUUGGGGACAACAACUGAGCAGUGGGAUCUCCGUCUUAGAGCUGCUGCUGUCGUUGCUGCAGAAGCGGUGGUCCAGAAGGCAAAAACAACAGAAGGAUUGGAUCAGGAUCUGGCUACGAUGAACCAUAUUUUGCUGGAUGCCUAUCUGCGCCAGUGGUACAAGGAUAGUGGCGCUCAGCUAAAAAGACUGAUCAACAAGAAGACGGUGUGGUACUGAAGGUUAUCCGAGGGGAAUUGCUCAAGGAGGAAAAACCUCGUGCGACAUGGCCCGAUGGUGAUUAGCUUUUGAAACUGCGCAGGAACGGCUUAGUAUCCAGCAUAUAUGUACAUUAUUGGUAUUAUAUCAUCCACUCAAAGUUUCGUGCUCCCAUCCUGGCGAAACUGGGAUAUCAUGGUUCGAGACCGAUCCGUGUCAUCUCUAUGACUGCCCCUACUCGCGGAUGCCCCUUCCGAUGACCCUCCUGCGAGCGCACUGAUAGCCGAGCUAAGGACCGACUUGCUAGUGGAUGAUGAGGCAGAUGCCUCCUUUCGCCGAUCCAACGCAAAAUUAAUGAGUUGCGAUUGUACAGCUUGACAUAAAGCCCGCACAGAAUGCAUUUCUUCCCGCAAUCGAGAUGUUUCGCAGAGCAGUGCCAUGUCCUGCCUCAUUUCCAUUGCUGAAAAUCCAGCGCUCAGAUUGACCAAAUCUGAGCGCAACUGGUCUGUCUCAGCCAGUAGUUGACCAAUCC